UGACUCUUGCCUGGUCAGUCUCUCCUUGUUGAGCGCGGGGGGCACAUUGGUUAACAACAGCCUUUGGAAGAAGAACUUAUGGCUGAAGCAUUUUCAUAAGGUUGGGAACUGUUUCUCCGUAGAAAACCUAGAAUUUACAUAAAAACGUGGAUUGGCGAGGCAAACAACCGUUAAACACCGAACUCCUGAGACACUGAUUGUGUAGGAGCGUCGUCUUGAACGCCGCUGAAGGCUCUAAGCGUGUCAACCUCUCCAGGCGUUCGGCACCAAUACAUCUGCCAGCUAUAGGACGGUUACAUAGGACACAUUUUAUAAGCAGUGAGCACCUAAUAUCAAUGUAGCACAUGGAUAUGGUGUGGACUGAUAGGGGCUGUUAAAAUUAAUGGGUGGGACUUGGUCCAAAAGUGCUACGGUUCAAUUGCGCCGGCUGGAACUGGGGCAGUGAAUGUGCCCAGUCGGCUACGCAUGGAUUUGUCAAUAGAGAGACGACCAACGCAUCCUUUUGUUGUGGUGGAUAAAUUGUUACACAUUGUAGCUAAAAAUUGAAUAUUUUAUUUCAACAAUAAAAAAUACCAACAUUUAUGAGAAUUCAGGGGAGGUAUUUUAACUGGAUCCAAGUGCGUCUAACUCGGGAAUCCUGUCGACUACGGAUUUGAUUAAUCGCUUUCAAAGACAUCCCACUGCUCUCCAAAAACGGGACAAGAUGCCGUUCCACCAUGUGACGGCAGGACUGCUGUACAAGGGGAACUACCUGAGUCACUCUCUGUCUGAGGACAAUGACAGUGACCAGCUGGCCAGCAUCUCUGUGGAGGAGCUAGAUGAGAUCCGGGAGGCAUUCAGAGUGCUGGACCGGGAUGGGAACGGGUUCAUCUCCAAGCAGGAGCUGGGUAUGGCCAUGAGGUCCCUGGGAUACAUGCCCAGUGAGGUGGAGCUGGCCAUCAUCAUGCAGAGACUAGACAUGGAUGGAGACGGGCAGGUGGACUUCGAUGAGUUCAUGACGAUCCUAGGACCCAAGCUCCUGUCGUCUGAAACCAGGGAGGGCUUCCUUGGGAGCACGAUAGACAGCAUAUUCUGGCAGUUUGACAUGCAGCGUAUCACCCUUGAGGAGCUGAAACACAUCCUGUUCCACGCCUUCAGAGACCAUCUGACCAUGAAGGACAUCGAGAACAUCAUCAUCAACGAGGAGGAGAGCCUCAACGAGAACUCGGGACACUGUCAGGCAGACUUUGAAGGAAUCCAUUCUAAAAAUAAGAACCGGCAGACGUGCGUGAGGAAGAGUCUGAUCUGCGCUUUCGCCAUGGCCUUCAUCAUCAGUGUCAUGCUCAUCGCAGCCAAUCAAAUGCUGCGGAACGGCCUGGAGUAGCCACGCCCGGCCACGCCCACUCUGAGCGGGAAAAACAAACCUGCAUGUGCAUGAUGACAGUGGGUGAGGUCAUUUCCAGUUUCUUUAGAAGAAAAAAAACAACUUCAAAAAUGCCUCACUGAUGGUGACUUACAAACAAAGAACACUGACUGAUGAACCACCAUAUUUUUCUGAGUGAAUGACAGUCCGACAUCCAACGACACUGAGAAGCCAGCAUGAGGAGGCCAGCGAGACCCCUCAUAACCCCUUUACUCUGGCAGGGACAUUCAAGGGCUGACUUUCGCUUACUCUGCUGUCUCUGUUCCCUAAUGCAAUAAAAACACAAGUACAGGAGUUCAGUACUCUUCUUCUCUUCCCUUCCCUACCCAGAGUCUUCAUAUGAAGGUACUUCAGAAGGCAAUUUUAACUUCUUGCCUCAGAAGGCAGAAUGGUGGAUUGAGACAGGCCCUCCGUGUAUCUGUAUAAGGCGGCAUCCUUGUAGAUUGAGACAUAUCCUCAAUUGUAUCUGUGUGAGAGAGAUUGGAGUUAGGAGUGCCUCCUGCGCUGCAGCCUGAUGAGCCUGAAGAGCUACGGGAUGCACCGCUGCAAUCUGGCUACGCACACACGCACUUAUGCAUGCACUAACACGCACACACACACACACACACACACACACACACACACACACACACACACACACACACACACACACACACACACACACACACACACACACACACACACACACACACACACACACACACACUGAAUUAAUUGGCCUGUUAUUCUAGUUUCCUGAGGGGAGGUGGAAGCCAGCUCAUCAUUGGAGCAUACAGUAAGGCUUUGGAUGUGACAGGCAUGAUGGUGUCGUCUGCUGUAGGGCUGGUGUUUAAGCUGUUCUAGAAGCUUUCAUCCGGAGUUAAGGAGUGAAAUCGGGUUGGUAUUCUUGUGGCCAAUAUUUUCCCAAUAUGUAAAAUUGAAAAAUACCUCACUCUUACUUUCUCUGUGGAAGGUUCUCCAGUGCUAAACAGAACAGUGUUUGGAAGACCAUAGCUGUGAAAAGUCUGGGCUGUAAUUUACCUAUGAUCUAAUUCCUCUUGAGGUAGGUAGGUCUGAACUCCUGUAUUGUAUUGACUCUCAUGGUAAUAUUGAAACCACCUUCAGUUUUGCUGAGGACUGCUUGUAAUAGCUACAGUACUGCAUGCGAUCAAGUCCAACAUUUAUAUGUAAAUAUGUACAGUGCCUUGCGAAAGUAUUUGGCCCCCUUGAACUUUGUGACCUUUUGCCACAUUUCAGGCUGAUUACACACAGGUGGAUUGUAUUUAUCAUCAUUAGUCAUUUAGGUCAACAUUGGAUCAUUCAGAGAUCCUCACUGAACUUCUGGAGAGAGUUUGCUGCACUGAAAGUAAAGGGGCUGAAUAAUUUUGCACGCCCAAUUUUUCAGUUUUUGAUUUGUUAAAAAAGUUUGAAAUAUCCAAUAAAUGUCGUUCCACUUCAUGAUUGUGUCCCACUUGUUGUUGAUUCUUCACAAAAAAAUACUGUUUUAUAUCUUUAUGUUUGAAGCCUGAAAUGUGGCAAAAGGUCGCAAAGUUCAAGGGGGCCGAAUACUUUCGCAAGGCACUGUAUGUAACCCAUGUUGUUGUUGUCUAAGUGUAUUGGUUGACGGUGUUCUAUGUGCAUGAUUGUUGGUACAGUGUGCUCUAGCAGAUUUAGAGGUGGAGGGAAGGAGAGAGCACUGUGAAACCAGAUGCUAAUGCCUUCCACGUCACAAUACACAGGCAGGUAGACAGACAGACACAGCUCUCUGGUCAAAGCCAUAGAACUCAAUAGAGAUGUACUGAAUGAAGAACACUAAACAGUUGUUGUUUUCUGUUACAAAUGUGUAUUUUUGGUAGGAACAGUCCAUCAUUUGUGGGUUCCUUCACCCACCCUUUUGCACUGUAUAAUAAGUUCCGAUGAGCAGAGAGGAGAGUAGAAUCACAGACUGGUGCAAGAGCCCCAUCUAGAGGUUGGCUCCAGAAUUCUGAUAUUUUUUGUAACAAAUUAAUGUGCUCUCUUAGCCAGGGUGUUAGUGCAGCCUGCAAACACUUUUUUUCCACCUUUAUUUAACCAGGUUGGCCAGUUGAGAGCAAGUUCUCAUUUACAACUGCGACCUGUCCAAGAUAAAAACAAAGCAGUGCGACACAAACAACAACACAGAGAUACACAUGGAAUAAACAAGUGUACAGUCAAUAACACAAUAGAAAAAAAUGAAAGUCUAUAUACAGUGUGUGCAAAUGGCAUGAGGUAAGGCAAUACAUAGGCCAUAGUAGCGAAGUAAUUACAAAUUUGCAAAUUAACACUGGAGUGAUAGAUGUGCAGAUGAUGAUGUGCAAGUAGAAAUGCUGGUGUGCAAAAGAGCAGAAAAGUAAAUAAAAACAAUAUGGGGAUGAGGUAGGUAGAUUGGAUGGGCUAUUUACAGAUGGGCUUUGUACAGCUUUACAAUCUGUUAGCUGCUCAGAUAGCUGAUGUUUAAAGUUAGUGAGGGAAAUAUAGAGCCUAAUAUACCCUGAGCCGAGAGUUAGCAGGCCGCACUAACGCCAUGGACCAGAGCUAGUGCUCCGCCAACAUGGUGUCGCUCUGCAUACUGUAGUGCUCUCAUUUAUUACAUGAAGGUUAUGCGGAAAUGUUAGCUGAAUUAUCCAUCCCUUGUAUUCAGAUGUAUAAUCAUCAGAACGUGAAAUGUUGAAGUAUAAUAUUAUGAUUAUUAUCUAUCUUAUCUGUAUUAAACGUUUUAUGAAAUGGUGAAUGUUCUACCAAAAUAAAUGUUGGUUCGAUUAACUGCACUGUUUGUGGAACAUACCGUUGAAGUGGGAAGUUUACAUACACUUAGGUUGGAGUCAUUAAAACUCGUAUUUCAACCACCCCACAAAUGUCUUGUUAACAAACUAUAGUUUUGACAAGUCGUUUAGGACAUCUACUUUCUGCAUGACACAAGUCAUUUUUCCAACAAUUGUUUACAGACAGAUUAUUUCACUUAUAAUUCACUGUAUCACAAUUCCGGUGGGUCAGAAGUUUACAUACAUUAAGUUGACUGUGCCUUUAAACAGCUUGGAAAAUUCCAGAAAAUGUUGUCAUGGCUUUAGAAGCUUCUGACUGGCUAAUUAGCAUAAUUUGAGUCAAUAGGAGGUGUACCUGUAGAUGUAUUUCAAGGUCUACAUUCAAACUCAGUUCCUCUUUGCUUGACAUCAUGGGAAAAACAAAAUAAAUCAGCCAAGACCUCAGAAAAAAUUGUAACCCUCCACAAGUCUGGUUCAUCCUUGGGAGCAAUUUCCAAACUCCUGAAGGUACCAUCUGUACAAACAAUAGUACGCAAAUAUAAACACCAUGGGACUGCACAGCCGUCAUACCACUGAGGAAGGAGAUGCGUUCUGUCUCCUACAGAUGAACGUACUUUGGUGUGAAAAGUGCAAAUCAAUCCCAGAACAACAACAAAGGACCUUGUGAAGAUGCUGAAGGAAACAGGUACAACAGUAUCUAUAUCCACAGUAAAACAAGUCCUAUAUUGACAUAACCUGAAAGGCCGCUCUGCAAGGAAGAAGCCACUGCUCCAAAACCGCCAAAAAUGAAACAUAAAUAGAACUGUUUGGCCUUAAUGACCAUCGUUAUGUUUAGAGGAAAAAGGUGGAGACUAGCAAGCUGAAGAACACCAUCCCAACCGUGAAACACAGGGCUGCAGGAGGGACUGGUGCACUUCACAAAAUAGAUUGCAUCAUGAUGCAGGGAAAUGAUGUGGAUAUAUUGAAGCAACAUCUCAAGACAUCAGUCAGGAAGUUAAAGCUUGGUCGCAAAGGGAUCUUCCAAAUGGACAAUGACCCCAAGCAUACAGUGGGGCAAAAAAGUAUUUAGUCAGCCACCAAUUGUGCAAGUUCUCCCAUCUUAAAAAGAUGAGAGAGGCCUGUAAUUUUCAUCAUAGGUACACUUCAAUUAUAACAGACAAAAUGAGAAAAAAAAUCCAGAAAAUCACAUUGUAUGAUUUUUUAGUUAUUUAUUUGCAAAUUAUAGUGGAAAAUAAGUAUUUGGUCACCUACAAACAAGCAAGAUUUCUGGCUCUCACAUACCUGUGACUUCUUCUUUAAGAGGCUCCUCUGUCCUCCACUCGUUACCUGUAGUAAUGGCACCUGUUUGAACUUGUUAUCAGUAUAAAAGACACCUGUCCACAACCUCAAACAGUCACACUCCAAACUCCACUAUGGCCAAGACCAAAGAGCUGUCAAAGGACACCAGAAACAAAAUUGUAGACCUGCACCAGGCUGGGAAGACUGAAUCUGCAAUAGGUAAGCAGCUUGGUUUGAAGAAAUCAACUGAGGGAGCAAUUAUUAGGAAAUGGAAGACAGAUAAGACCACUGAUAAUCUCCCUCGAUCUGGGGCUCCACGCAAGAUCUCACCCCGUGGGGUCAAAAUGAUCACAAGAACGGUGAGCAAAAAUCCCAGAACCACACGGGGGGACCUAGUGAAUGACCUGCAGAGAGCUGGGACCAAAGUAACAUAGCCUACCCUCAGUAACACACUACGCCGCCAGGGACUCAAAUCCUGCAGUGCCAGACGUGUCCCCCUGCUUAAGCCAGUACAUGUCCAGGCUCGUCUGAAGUAUGCUAGAGAGAAUUUUGGAUGAUCCAGAAGAAGAUUGGGAGGAUGUCAUAUGGUCAGAUGAAACAAAAAUAUAAGUUUUUGGUAAAAACUCAACUCGUCGUGUUUAGAGGACAAAGAAUGCUGAGUUGUAUCCAAAGAGCACCAUACCUACUGUGACGCAUGGGGGUGGAAACAUCAUCCUUUGGGGCUGUUUUUCUGCAAAGGGACCAGGACGACUGAUCCGUGUAAAGGAAAGACUGAAUGGGGCCAUGUAUCGUGAGAUUUUGAGUGAAAACCUCCUUCCAUCAGCAAGGGCAUUGAAGAUGAAACGUGGCUGGGUCUUUCAGCAUGACAAUGAUCCCAAACACACCGCCCGGGCACCGAAGGAGUGGCUUGGUAAGAAGCAUUUCAAGGUCCUGGAGUGGCCUAGCCAGUCUCCAGAUCUCAACCCCAUAGAAAAUCUUUGGAGGGAGUUGAAAGUCCGUGUUGCCCAGCAACAGCUCCAAAACAUCACUGCUCUAGAGGAGAUCUGCAUGGAGGAAUGGGCCAAAAUACCAGCAACAGUGUGUGAAAAACUUGUGAAGACUUACAGAAAACGUUUGACCUCUGUCAUUGCCAACAAAGGGUAUAUAACAAAGUAUUGAGAUAAACUUUUGAGAUAAACUUUUGUUAUUGACCAAAUACUUUUUUUCCAGCAUAAUUUGCAAAUAAAUUCAUUAAAAAUCCUACAAUGUGAUUUUCUGGAUUUUUUUUUCAUUUUAUCUGUCAUAGUUGAAGUGUACCUAUGAUGAAAAUUACAGGAGUGGCCAUUACAGUGGCCAUUACAAAGCCCCGACCUCAAUCCUAUAGAAAAUGUGUGGGCAGAACUGAAAACGCGUGUGCGAGCAAGGAGGCCUACAAACCGGACUCAGUUACACCAUCUCUGUCAGGAGGAAUGGGCCAAAAUUCACCCAACUUAUUGUGGGAGGCUUGUGGAAGGCUACCCGAAACGUUUGACCCACGUUAAACUAUUUAAAGGCAAAACUACCAAAUGCUAAUUGAGUGUAUGUGAAAAUCUGACCAACUGGGAAUGUGAUGAAAAAAAUAAAAGCUGAAAUAAAUCAUUCUCUCAACUAUUAUUCUGACAUUUCACAUUCUUAAAAUAAAGUGUUGAUCCUAACUGACCUAAGAUAUGGAAUUUUUACGAGGAUUAAAUGUCAGGAAUUGUGAGAAAUGUAUAUCGCUAAGGUGUAUGUAAACUUCCGACGUCAACUGUACAUACUAGUGUGUUUAUUGGAAUUAUGUAUCUUUCCCAUGGCAGAAAAGCUCUUUUCUAAUCACAUUGAAGAGGUUUGCGUUGAAGUAUGAUCUAUGAAUGUCCCCUUUCAUUUUAACAUCAUGCUUGGAUGGAUGGCUCCUCUGUGAAGUUUUCAUAUGUGUUUUAUGAUGUCAAAGUAAAAGCACUGAUUUGUGUGCAAUAUCAUCUUGCAGAUAUAGUAGGCCGCACUGGAUUUAAUAUUGUUGAGACCACCAAUUUAAGCCUAAUAGAUGGCAAAUUCUCUCCUCAUUCAUUAUAUAAUGUAUUCUGUCAAACUGGAGCUUGUUCCUUAUUUCGCUGUUUUGAGCCGUCACCCUUGUCCGCUUCAUUAAUGGUACCCUAAUACAUAUGUAGCGCACUACUAUUGACCAGGACCCAUGGGGCUCUGGUCAAAGUAUUGCACUAUAGAGGGAAUCGUGAGUCAUUUGGGACACAGCCCUGCCCUAACCCCACGAUACACUGUAAUACCAGGGUAUCGUCAGAGCCUUAUGUUUAUGAAGAAAUAAAUACAUAGUAGCCCACAUAAGAGGCUCUAGCCUGGGUAUAUUACACAGUUACAGGUGAUGGAGCUGUACCUGCCCUCACAGAAUCAAUGCAUUUCUUAAUAAUUAAAACUGAUGGUGAAUUAGGCUGGAAAACUAACACAGUCUCACUUCAGUAGCAUGGUGGUUGAAUUGCCUUCGGAAAGUAUUCAGACCCCUUGACUUUUUCCACAUUAUGUUAUGUUACAGCCUUAUUCUAAAAUGGAUUAAAUUGUUUUUCCCCCCAUCAUCAAUCUACACACAAUACCCCAUAAUGGCAAAGAAAAAACAGUUUUUUAGACAUUUUUGCACAUUUAUUAAAAAUAAAAAAACAAUAUCACAUUUAUACAUAAGUAUUCAGAUCCUUUAUUCAGUACUUUGUUGAAGCACCUUUGGCAGCGAUUAUAGGCUCGAAUCUUCUUGGGUUUGACACUACAAGCUUGGCACACCUGUAUUUGGGGAGUUUCUCCCAUUCUUCUCUGCACUUCCUCUCAAGCUCUGUCAGGUUGGAUGGGGGGCGUUGUUGCACAGCUAUUUUCAGGUCUCUCCAGAUAUGUUUGAUCGGAUUCAAGUCUAGGCUCUGGCUGGGCCACUCAAGGACAUUCAGAGACUUGUCCUAAGCCACUACUGCUUUGUCUUGGCUGAGUGCUUAGGGUCGUUGUCCUGUUGAAGGUGAACCUUCGCCCCAGUCUGAGGUCCUGAGUGCUCGGGAGAAGGUUUUCAUUAAGGAUCUCUCUGUACUUUGCUCAGUUAAUCUUUGCCAUGAUCCUGACUAGGCUCCCAGUCCCUGCCGCUAAAAAACAUCCCCACAACAUGAUGCUGCCACCACCAUGCUUCACCAUAGGGAUGGUGCCAGGUUUCCUCCAGAUAUGAUGCCUGGCAUUCAGGCCAAAGAGUUCAAUCUUGGUUUCAUCAGACCAGAGAAUCUUGUUUCUCAUGGACUGAGUCCUUUAGGUGCCUUUUGGCAAACUCCAAGCGGGAUGUCAUGUGCCUUUUACGGAGGAGUGGCUUCCGUCUGGCCACUCUACCAUAAAGGCCUGAUUGGUAGAGUGCUGCAGAGAUGGUUGUCCUUCUGGAAGGUUCUCCUAUCUCCACGGGGGAGAUCUAGAGCUCUGUCAGAGUGACCAUCAGGUUCUUGUUCACCUCCCUGACCAAGGUCUUCUUCCUUGAUUGCUCAGUUUGACCGGGCGGACAGCUCUAGGAAGAGUCUUAGUGGUUCCAAGCUGAUGGGGACCUUCAAUGCUGCAGACAUUUUUUGGUAUCCUUCACCAGAUCUGUGCCUCGACACAAUUCUGUCUCAGAGCUCUACAGACAAUUCCUUCGACCUGCAGACUUGUUUUUUUUCUCUGACAUGCACUGUCAACUGUGGGACCUUAUAUAGACAGGUGUGUGCCUUUCCAAAUCACGUCCAAUCAAUUGAAUUUACCACAGGUUGACUCCAAUCAAGUUGUAGAAACAUCUCAAGGAUGAUCAAUGUAAACAGGGGUGCUCCUGAUCUCAAUUUCAAUUCUCAUAGCAAGGGGUCUGAAUACUUAUGUAAAUAAGAUAUUUCUGUUUUUAUUUUUAAUACAUUUGCAAACAUUUCUAAAAACCUGUUUUCACUUUGUCAUUAUGGGGUAUUGUGUUUAGAUUGCUAAGGAUUUGUAUGUAUUUAAUCAAUUUUAGAAUAAGGCUGUAACGUAACAAAAUUAGGAAAAAGUCAAGGGUUCUGAUUACUUUCAGAAGGCACUGUAUGUGCUGUAUGGACACUGUAC